CCAUCACAGAAAGAUAAUUGCAUGAAAAAGAGAGAGACAGUGCCAAAGAAAAAGAAGAUUCUUUAAGUGAAAUGCUUUGUUGCUGCUGAUGUUGGAAGUUUUGUAUGAUUUUAUUGAUGUGUGUGCUAUUUGUUUGCUAUAAAAUGUUUGAAAGAUGGGAUAGUUUGUCAUAACAAUACAUAAUGAGUGAGAAAGAAAAAAAGAUAGAGAUGGAGGAGGAAGAUAUGAUUGAUCAUUGGAGCCAUGAGCAUCCACUUACUUUGGUGGAUACUCGUGAAUUAGAAUUCUGUUACGGUUGUGAAGUGCGGUUUGGUAGCGGAGAGCAAGCUUAUGGAUGCAGCAUCGACGGGUGUGAGUAUUCAAACCUAUUGCACCCAGAAUGUGCAGCGAUGGCGAGAGAGAUACGGCGUCCAUUGCACCACCCUCAGCACAUACUCAUCCAACGGCAUGAACGUACCUUAUUGGGGUGUGGUAUAUGUGGAAAGACUAUUUGGAGCAUUGGCUACAAAUGUAUAAGCUGCAGGUUCGAGAUGCACCUGAGAUGUGCACAAGACAGUGACCUGAUCGAUGCAUCAACCCGUGAUGAUGAUGAUGAUGAUGAUGAUGAUGAGAAAAGGCGUGCCAUCAUACGCCAUCCAAGCCACCCCAGCCAUGACUUGAAGUUGUUUAGGAGAAGGUGUCCCUUCAAGUGCGAUGCUUGUGGCGCUACACGUAAAGGGAGUUCCUACACAUGCGCCGCUGAUGAUUGUCAGUAUUGGAUCCAUGAGAGAUGUGCUUCGUUGCCUCAAAACUUGAAAAGGGAAGACCAUCAUCACUCUCUUUCUCUCUCGUUUCAUGUCCCACUUGAAUAUAUCAGAUUUGACUACAAAUGUGAUGUAUGCAGCGUAUCUUUUCUACCCAACUAUUGGAUAUAUCAUUGUCAACUCUGCAGAUACAUCGUCCAUGUCAAGUGUGCCUUCGACAAGCCGACUCGCAUCACCGAAAAUAUUGGGAAGGACAUGAUCCAUUUUCCAAGAGAUGAGGUGGUUGAACAACUCAUUACACCUUUUGUGAUGAGAGAAAAAGGAGGAACAACAUUCAUACCACCCAUCAUCAUACCUAAUAAUGAUGAUGAGUUAGUGAUGGUUGGGCGAAUUUUUGAUAGUAGUAAAUGCAGAACCAACAACAGGAGACGAAGCACAAGCACGAGCCGGCAGGGGCAAGGAGAAAUGGUGUGUGAGAGAAAGAAAACGCAGGAUUUGAUGGACAAGUGUUGGGAGAGGAGACCAUAGAUGGAGCCAGAGCAUUGCUGAGGAAGUACGACAGCAAGUGGGAGAUUCAGGCUGACAAGAAAGGCGACUGCAUCGCUGUGGAAGGUGGGUGUGAGAGUGAAGGAGUAUUUGACAUAGUUGUGAAAGAACUGGUUUUUUUGCCCUCUGUUUUUAGGAAUGAAUUUUAAUCUUUUCUUUUCUUGUCCUGACACCUCUGAUUCCUGUCCAGACAAACUUCAAAACCAUCCGAAUAAAGGAAACAUAAAAAAAGAAACAAUAACG